AUGGGAGACAGUGUCGUGCUUCGGAAUGUCACCUUCUGGACUGGCGAACCUAUAGGAUGGAUUGGCAUCAUACGCGUAGACGGAACGGCUUAUGAGUACAUGGGAGACUCGCCUUCCGUACAAGGUUUCCAGAAAGCAACUCCACUUACCGUAUCUUACGACUCCCACUACAGUAACUUUACAUUCGUCGCUGGACCUGUGCGAGUAGAAGCGCGAUUCUUCUCUCCUGUUCUACCGAAAGAUCUUUGCAAGAGCAGUAUUCCGCUCAGCUAUCUGGAAGUCGAGUUUGUCGCCACUGAUGAGCUUUCGCAUGAUGUACAGCUCUACUCAGACAUCGAUUCUAUCUGGCUUGGGGGCGGCAACGUAUCAUUCAACUCGACCAUUGACUGCCCUGCUUCAAGGGAAGCACUAAUCGUAGAUGAGCUUUCAUGGGCCGAUCGUGGCCAUAAGCAAGAACCAUACUGGGGCAGCCUGCGCUACGUCUCUUCUCCCGGCAUGAGCACCGAAUUCGAUACUGCGAACGGUCUGGCGACUACUAUACGACGGCAGUUUGCCAAAGAAGGCACAGUGGACAAUUCUUUCGAUAAGAAUCAGUCUUGGGGACUACCAGGGGAUCAAAUGCCAGUGUUCGGUUUUUCGCAUAGUUCUGCGUCUAGUCAGUCCGGAUCAGCACUGUAUACUGUUGGCACCACUCAAGAGCCUGCCGUAAACUACCGCACUGCUAGCGGAGACAUCGAGCUCCAACCAUGGUGGCUUACGAGUAACUGCUAUCAUAGUACCAACAACAUGAUCCGCAGGCAUUACAAAGACUACGCAGCUACCGCGAAAGAGGCCAAAUUUUGGACCAUGAAGCUGCGAUAUGAUGUAGCAUACUACUAUGCCCAGGAUAAAGUUACAGAUACGCAUGCAGAAGUAUCUUCGCUAUCAGAAGAGGAGUCGUACUACGCCAUCGUCGCACUCUCUGCCCGCCAGAUCCUGGCCGCGAACGUUCUCACAGAAUCUGCAGAUAUCACCACGGGUCCAACCAUCUUUCAAAAAGAGAUCUCAUCAGACGGCAAAGUAAACACGGCCGAUGUCAUCUACCCUGCGUUACCUUUUUGGCUCUAUGCAAACCCGGAGCUUCUUCGCUUACUGCUCAAGCCCAUCUUCGAGUUCCAAGAGUCUGGACUCUAUCACGAGCGAUAUGCCAUGCACGAUAUCGGGCGCUUCUACCCAAACGCCAUAGGAUACUACAGCUCCACCGUUCCCGAUGAAGAAGGAGAAGAAGCGAUGCCCGUUGAAGAGAGCGCGAACAUGGUUAUUCUGGCAGCUUCGUACUACCUGGCCACCAACGACACAGCAUUCCUUGUUAGCCACUACGAUAUCCUUAAGCGAUGGUCGGAAUACCUCGUAGAAAAUUGCCCAUACCCUGAGCAUCAGACCACGACAGGCAAGUACAAAGCAGCACGUCAACACCAAGAACGUUGUACUAACGAGCCCGAAGACGACUUCAACGAACCCAUCGCCAACAACACCAACCUCGCAAUAAAAGGCAUCGUCGCCAUAAAUUGCAUGAGCAUCAUUGCCCAAGCCAAUGGCGACAGAGGCUAUGGAGCAGGCAGAUGGAUACGCAACGCAGAUUUCUACUAUACCCUCUGGACAGAAUCAGCCAUAGACCCCUCAAACAACCACACCCUCCUCGCCUACAAUCUCCCUGAGUCCUACAGCAUCCUUUACAACAUCUUCCCAGCCCUCCUCUUCAACCUGCGCGCAAUCCCCAAAUCUCUUUUCACCAUGCAGUCAGACUUCUACCCGACUGUCGCCCAGAAGUAUGGCGUUCCCCUCGAUAACAGACGGCUGUGGACCAAGAGCGAUUGGGAGAUGUGGGCUGCGGCUACGAGUCGACCUGAAACAAGAGCCUUGUUUGUGAACUCGUUGGCGAAGUGGAUCAAUGAGACGAGUACGGACAAGGCGCUUUCUGAUCACUUUAUGACGACGGGGGAUGGGGGUUAUACGGAUUACCCGUUUGUGGCAAGGCCAGUCGUUGGGGGGCAUUUCGCGCUGCUGGCGAUGGGUCUUUUUGGGAGACAUGGGGUUCUGGAUGGAGAAGAUAAGUAA